CCGGCAACGAUUUUGAUUACCCUCUCGCGCAUCCGCAUACACUCGCACUCGUGUCAUCACUGCACCCAUAGUCUACUUUCCAUCAUUCCGUCCUCAACGUGCCAGUUCGCAAUCAAGCAACCACCCAACAUUCUCAGCCGUAGCCAGCUGGGUGUCUUGGCCACAGGAUCCACAGGAUCUACAUCACUAUGUCGGCUAUUACAAUCACGAAGGCCCUGAUGGAUGCAGAAAAGCAGCAACCUAUCGGACAGCACUAUCAACAACCUCGGUACCAUCAGCAACCGCUUCUGAAAGAGCCGACUCAACCAGCUGAACUUGUAUCGAAAUCAUCUCUAUCCCUAGCGGCAUCAACGCAGCACACGCAACAGGUGUCCACAAAGAUCGCGCCAAAGCUAACCAUCCCCCGGACAAAAUCAAUCCAGCCAACAGACUCGGCUACUUCCUCUACCGUAUCGUCGCCGACCUCCUCUGCCUCCUCUUUUUCUGGCAUGGAUCAACACGAUGCUGUCACCUUUAGCUUUAGCUCGCCUCUUUUCUACGACCAAAAACUCUAUAUUUACCACUCUCUUUUGAAGCUAUAUCAAUUGCUGGCUCGGUGUACAGAGACGCAUCCUGCCGUGCUCAUGAUCCUCCAGUAUUCUAUCGCGAUCAUCCAUGGCCUCACAGUCUAUAUCCUCUCGGUCAUCCUGUCGGUCGCACAGCUCAUCAUGAUUGCAUUUACGCUCGAAAACCUGGAUUGGAUCCAGUCUUAUAAGCCAUUGAUGUGCGAGUGGGACAGACGUUUCCCAGGGUUCGUGUUCCCUGCCCUGGAUAUUGAAUCAGAAUCGGAGGGUGAAGAUGCAGAGGAUCCGUUGGUCCCCUUCCAUGGCCACAAGGGUAAACUUUACUGGGCCUCCAAAACGAUCUUGGCGACGGGCGGCGACCUGACUGAUGGUGGAUGCCAGUCAGAAGAAAACCAGAAGCGAUUGGCAAUCAAGCAGUCCAUGAACUCGAUCCUUCACAGACGACUCUCCAAGUACCAGCAAUGGAUCCCGAUCAUUUGGUCUGCAGAGGAGGGCAGCACUCCUGAGAAAGAAAUAGAGAUGGGCGAUAAUGGUGAAUGUGUGUCCAGUCAGGAUACGCAGGUCAGAACUAUCUCCGAAGGUCCGAGGCCCUCCAAAAGCAAGCGCGUCACCUUUAAUGAGCAGGUCCACGUCUUUGGUCGCGGGCGAUCAAGCCAAGUUUCUCAGUCCGCUGUUUCUAGUCCCUCGCUAUUAGCCCACAACGUCACUCAAGCUGCCACCAAUCCUUCAACCGCAGGAGCUAAACAGGAGGAUGGAACCAAGGUCGCCAAAGAAUUAACCAUAAAUGAAGCAUCUGCGGCGGGUCUGCCAACCAUCAAGGAGAAUCCAUCCACGCCAUCACUGCCGUCCGUGGGCGGAGACGCGCCGGAUGCCAUGACCCACGAAGAAACGGAGUACCAACAGAGCACGGCAUCAGAAGAUGUGAACGGCUCUGGCUCCUCAUCUCCCUCGUUCCAGCCUGAUUCUCGACAGACGGAUAUUUUACCUACUUCAAGUCCUGCCUCUCCACCGCGCUCGGGCGCAUCUUUCCCCGCCAACUUGAUUCCCGCCAGUCCUGUCAACCCUAUUAUUGUCAACGAACCGCAAGAUCUCAAGCGAUCGAGCUCCGUUCCACUCAAGAUUCAUUCGUUCCUGCAUCGCCAUCAAAACAGCAACACAAAACGUCGCUCGGCCACGUUCUCAGAACCAAGAACCGUUUCUCCGAACCCACGCGUGACCCCGUUGCAACUGACGGAGCCAACAGGAUUAUAUGCCGCGUUACCUGCAUCCUCUCCAUCUCAGCUAGGACAGGAAUCGGACACAGGUUUUCCAAAGAACCCAUUGUCUUUUGGGACCCGAGCCAAGCGGUCGUUGUCUCUGGCGUUGCCCAGGCACGGCCACCACAGCAAUGCAGCAGGAACAGAGACAAGCGAUAGCGACAAUGCAAGUAUAGAUCGCCAUGGAUCGAUCGGCAGGAAGAACCUCAAUUUUAUGUACCGGAUCGUGCACCCCCAGAGAUACAAGCGUGAGCUGGAGGAUCAGCUAUCUGAGCAUGAGCGCCAGCGACUCUUGGCUUUGGCCCAACUCCAGCGCCAGUGUAUCCUCGAAGCGGACAAUCUGCCUACAUCGUCAGAUCCCGUUUGGUCCGACUCUUUAGCGGCCAACAGGAACAGGGAUACUCAACUGUACGGCAAUGCUUACUACUAUACCACGCAGGCCGAGUAUAUCGAGGGCCUGGGCGCACCCAAUUCUAUGAUCUCGACAUCGAUUGGUACUUCGUUUCCGCAUGAACUCCAGUCCAAGAAGAGCAAGAGUUUCUUGAAGCAGUCAAGGCCUGCAUCGUACGAUUUCGGAGACCAAUCCAGGCCGUUCGCUGGCAAUGGUUCUGAAAGCGAAAUAUUGAAUCAGAGCCGCACCCCUCACCAUUUAUCGUUCUUCAAACGGGAUAGCAAGAAGAUCGGUGCUGGAACCCAGGCGCAUUCUCACAAUUGUCUGCAGCAGCUGUUUUCGCAUCCCGGCCACAAGCAGACCCAGUCGACGUCGUCUCUAAUCAGCCCUCCUGGUGCCGCCUCUGCCGCUGCUACCGCUGCAGCUGCUACGAACUCGAGUCCAUCGCUUGAAGACGUUGGCAAUGGUCACACCAGCCCGUCAAUGCCCCCUUCCCCAGCCGCCGCUAGUGCACAUCCUCUCCUCUCGCAAGGACGAUCGAGCCCACGGAACUUUACAAGCUUUACGGCCUUGGCCAUGCCAGCCAACCCACCAGCGCAUGUCACACUGCCACUGGCCUUGACGUCUCCGGGGAUGAUCUGUCCUAGCUCUGCGGUGCUCACAAGUGAUGAUCCUGCAUUGAAGCACACCACAUUUGCAGCCUUUGGGUUCCCAUCACCUAACCAGUCACCCGUCAAUUCGGCGCCGGCAUCACCUCGACAUUCGACGAGCUCUAUGCCCGUAGACAUGCCAAGCAGUAUCUGGGCCAUGAAUGAUUUCCACAGGAAUGUUAUGCGCGGGGAGGAGACAUUCAAUAUGGACCAUAUUUCUAGCGGGAAGAUGGAGCGCAUCCCACAGCAAGAAUACCAGCAUCAGCAGCAGGGGGAGGUUUCUUUGGAGGGUGAUGCAUUUAAGGAUACUUCAAUUUUGCAAGAUACUGAAUCGACAGAAGACAAAGCCGCUGCUGGGAAUCACAACUUGGUGCAGGACACCCGUGACAGUACUGCUGCUGCUGCAAAAUCAUCAACCCCUCGAGGCUUGAACUUCAUGCACAAACUGAGCUUGAAGAGGAAGCAUAAGCAGCAGUAGCAGUAGCAGCAGCAGCGCCAGUAACAGUUGGUCCUCAAGAGCUGUUCUCAUUGUACAUAUAUACCCGUAACCCUCCUU